GGCAGAAGUAGUAAUAAUGCUGAGUGCUACAUUUUGUAAUGGUGUAGUACUGUAUCAUAGUGUUAUUUGAAGCCUUUCACAAACAAAACAAAGACAGAAAUCAUCAGCAAUGGCAGAUGUUAACGAUGACGACAAACCAUCCGUAACUGUCGCAUCCAAGGUCUCAUUUGCGGAACUGUGUGGACUACUUGAGAAAAUAUCCAAAACGCAAGGAAAUGAUAAAAAGAAGCGGAUUUUGACAGAUUUUGUUGACAAAUGGAGAGACUAUCAUAACUCACUACACGAAAAUGAUAAAGACACGACUGACUCAUUCUAUCCUGCCAUGCGGUUAUUGCUUCCUCACCAUGAGAAGGAAAGAGUAGCAUACGGAAUCAAAGAGCACAUGUUAGCCAAACUGCUGAUUGAGGUGUUGUGUCUAGGAAAGGACAGUGCUGAUGCCAACAGACUGCUUAACUACAAAGCUCCGAAAACUGCAAGAGCUGAUGCUGGAGAUUUUGCCGGUGUGACCUACUUUGUGUUGAAGAACCGCUGUCCAGAGAGGGGUACAUUAACCAUUCAGGAGGUAAAUGACUGUCUGGAUGGUAUCGCCCAGAACAAUGCUGCCAAGAAAAAGGACUUGGUGAGGAAGAACGUGCUAAGACUCUUGACAAACAUGUCAGCUGUUGAGCUCAAAUGGCUCAUCAGGAUGAUUGUCAAGGAACUGAAGGUGGGGCUGAGUCAGGCGUCGGUCUUGUCUGUUUAUCAUCCAGAUGCUGAGGACUUCUUCAAUGUCAACAACAACCUGGAAAAGGUGUGUCGGAUGCUGAGAGAGAGGAGUGUUCGGGUACAUGAGAUUGGUAUCAGUAUAUUCUCACCCUUUUCUCCGAUGUUGGGGGAAAGAGCUUCACCUGAUGAGGUGGAGAAACUGAUGGAGGGUAAGACCUACUUCAUAGAGACCAAGUUUGAUGGAGAGCGCAUGUUGUUACACAAACGGGAUGAUGAAUAUAAAUACUUUUCCAGGAGUGCAAAUGAGUAUACAGCCACAUUUGGGUCCAACAGUUUUGAAGGGAAUUUCACACAAUACAUUCAUGACUUAUUCAAACCUGGAAUCAAGUCAUGUAUAUUGGAUGGAGAAAUGUUAGGAUACCAUGCAGAAACUAAAACCUAUGCUACAAAGGCCAUGAACACAGACAUCAAACGACAACAACAAGAAGGGUAUCAGCCAUGCUACAACAUAUUUGACAUUGUUGUACUCAACGAUAAAGUCCUCACCAACAAACCUAUUAGGGAGAGGCUACAGCUGCUGGAGACAGUGAUUGAACCCGAGGAGGGGCGUGUACAGAUCAGUCAGCACACAGAGGCCAACACAAACCAGGAGUGUGCAGAUGCCUUGAACAAAGCUAUUGAUGGCAGAGAGGAGGGUAUCAUGGUAAAGAACCCAGACUCGGUUUAUAGACCCAAUACCAGAAAGGGGGGCUGGAUCAAAAUAAAGCCAGAGUAUGUUGGGGGAUUGAUGGACGAGCUUGAUGUCCUGGUGGUGGGUGGCUUCCUGGGUGUUGGCCACCGUGGGGGAAUGAUGUCACACUUCCUGUGUGCUGUGGCAGUGCCUAUGGAGGACGGAGAGAAACCUGAAGUAUUUCAUUCCUUCUGUAAGGUUGGAUCAGGAUAUUCUAAAAAGGUACUUGGAGAAUUUAAUGAGAAGUUGAAGGAUCAUUGGAAGGUCUUUGACAAGAGAAACCCUCCAACCUCUGUCAUACUGGCCUCUGGCUUCAAGGAGAAACCAGACGCUUGGAUAGAGCCACGUGACUCCUGUAUUGUCCAGAUAAAAGCAGCAGAAAUCAUUGACAGCGACCGGUUUAAGACAGGUUGUACCCUGAGGUUUCCCCGUGUCGAGUGUUUCCGUGAGGACAAGGCUUGGCAUGAAUGCAUGACUGUGGCAGAUAUUUUGGAACUGAAGGAGAAGUCUGGAGGUAAAUUGGCGGGUGGUAAGGUGGAACUUAAUGAUGGAGAGGAACCAGUGAAGAAAAAAAGGAAGAUUGUUAGUCGAGCAGUACGUCCAACCCUCGGUGCUCAGUUCAAGGGAGCUGACAUCGCGUCAAUUACACAGGUAUCAAAGAUGCUGGAAGGAAAGGAGUUUUGUGUAGUUAAUGGUCCAUCAUCUUUUCCAAAGCAUGCCAUAGAGACUAAAAUUGUAGAAUUUGGUGGCAGGAUAGUACAAAAUCCAGGUCCAACCACCUUCUGUGUUCUGGCAGACAAGGUAGCUGUCCGUGUCACCAACCUCAUCCGACGUGAUAUGUAUGAUGUUGUCAAGGUGAACUGGUUCCAGCGCUGUGUGCAUGCCAGUCGAUGGAUACCAUGGUCCCCAGCUGAUAUGAUCCACAUCUCGCCAAAGACCCAGCUGGAUUUCCAGAAGCAAUACGAUGAGUUUGGGGACAGCUUCGUUGAUCCUACCAGUCCAGAGCAACUAGAGACUGUGUUUGGUAGAAUAACUAAGGUUGAAAAUGACAUGAGUGAUCCUCUGGAUAUAGCGGAGAUAGAGGAGGCUUACUUUCCUGACGAUUCUCCGUACGGAUUAUUCCGUACUUGCAGAUUUUACAUGGAUGACAGUUUAGUCAUUAAUGACAAGACCACGAAACUAAAGAACUCUACGCUGGACUUCCUAGCCCUGGAGUUACGGUUCUUUGGUGGGACCAUUGUUGAUGAGAUAGACCUUGAGGUUUCUCAUGUCAUGUUGGAUAAAAGUGACCUAAGUCGGCUGGAGGAAAUAAAGGGAAUGAGAAGACAAAGGAAAAAGAAGUUUCACAUUGUCACCAAAGACUGGAUCCGGCAGAGUAUGGAGGAAGGAACCCUGGUAUCAGAACGCAGCUUUGAACCAUCCUAGUAAAGCAGACUACUCUUAUAUAGAUCUCUUCUAAAACAGGUUCUUCAAACUAUCAUUAUGAUAUCUAACAAGCCUCAUGUAGGAUAGGUUUAUUUUGGAAACUGUACUAAUGAAGUGAAAUGAUAUGUGAUAGUGCCAUAAACUCAGGGUGAUGUAUACAUACUAGUCCACUCUGUUGUACAAUUUUUACUAGAAUUCUUCAACAGACAUCUUGGACAUGGAUAUCUUGGAUGUGGAUAUUUUGGACAUGGCUAUCUAGAAUAAGAAUUAUCCUUGUAUGGAAUCAGAUUCUUUUUUACAAUGUGAUACCUAGACAAUUCAAAUAUAAAGAUAUUCUAUCUCUUGUAUUGUGUUGAUAGUAGUGGAAGAGGGAUAUCACUCUUUAUGUAGGCAGCAAUAGGUAAUUUGUAUGUUCUUAUGAUAUAUUUAUACAUAAUAAAUCUGUGCAAAACAUAAA